GGAGACGGGAGAGAGAGGCACACACACACGCAUUGACAGAGUGCAGAGCGAACAGGGCAGCGGGAGCGAGAGAGCGCGUGUGUGUGUGUGUGAGAGAGAGAAUGCCCAGCGGAAGAGAGGAGCUCCCUUGCUUGCUGACGGGCCGUCUCUGAGACACCAUGGGCUGUAUCGGCUCCAGGACCAUCACGGUGGACGCGGUUCCCGUACGGAAGGAUGGAGAGCAGCAAGGACGCGCUGAGUUCUCAUGGGAAGGAAUCAAUCUCUCGAUGGAGGACACCACCUCCAUUCUGCCUCGUCUCAAGCGGCAGUCCAACCAGUACGGGAUCGGUGCUUUGGCUAAGUCCUCUCUGACAGGUGUGUCAGGUGUGACCCGUUCCAUGAAGGACAAAGUCACCAAGCCCACGGCCAUGGCUCAGGGGCGCGUGGCUCACAUGAUCGAAUGGCAGAGUUGGGGCACACCAUCCGCCGGGCCAGAGGGGGGAGUGGGUCGGACCAACCUGAACCGCGAGAGAGAGAGGCGGCUAGAGCACGAUCUUUACAGUGACCUCAGUGAUGGGGAGAAGGAGGCCCGUUUUGCCGCCGGAGUGAUGCAGCAGUUUGCCGUCUCUGAGGCUACGCUGCUGGGCUGGAAUUCGAUGGAGGGAGAUGGCCUGUGUGCGGACUCCAAUCAGGGCAGUGUGGCCCACCUGAGUGAGGGCAACCAGGACAGCAUCACCAGUCGUGACCAGCCCCUGCACCACUCCACCGCGGACGUGUGGCCUCACACCUACGUCUCGCAGGGCCUCUACUGCCUCUCCUCGUCUGACGCCUGGGAGCCAAUCAGCAGCGAGCCCUCGGGUGUGGCCUCCCCCGCCGCUGGCUCCUACGUCCUGGCGGGCAGCACCUCUGGCGAGGGCUACGAGGGUAACCAAGGCAACCACACCCAGUUCCUGUCCCAGAAUCAGCAUCUCUCGCUGCAACAGCAGAACCACCUGCAGCAGCUGCACCAGAUCCACCAGUACCAGCAGCAGCAGCUUCUGCACUACCAGCAGCAACAGGCCCUGGAUCAUCGUUUCCACAGCAACCCUCACUCCCUGCAAGCCACGCCUAACAGCACCAUCCACAGUCUGGGCCUGCCCACUCACCCACGAUUGGCUGACCUGUGGGCGUCGGCUCAGGUGGAGAUCGCUGGACAGAUGGCUCCCAUGAACAUGAUGGACGGGGGCGUGGCCGAGACAAUGGGGGAGGAGUUUGAUGCGGAAAGCGAAAGCAUGACCGAGCAACAGGAGGAGGAGACCAAGGAGGACGAGAUCACGUUAACCUUGGAACCCGAGUCUGGCUCGCCGCUACCGACCACAACACAGCCGUCGCCGCGGGAGACCCUCAGCCCCUCCUGGGCCGACGGACCCAGCCCCCCUGUGCCCUUCUUUUCCACUGCCGAGCCGGGCGCAGAAUACGCGCCUUUCGAGGUCACGUCCUGCAUUGUCCAGUCUCUGGAGGAGAUGGAUGAGGAGCUGGCGGCGGCAAAAGAGGAGGGCUCCGUGGUUGUCGUGGCGACCAACUGAUGUGCGGCAGCCCGCUAGGCUCUUUUUUUUUCCAAGCCAGUAAAUAAAAAUGGACCACCGAGCUAAACAAACACCUUAAUAAUCAACCAGUUACACUAAUCUCCAUCCUCUACCCCUAACCCCCUCCCUCCAUCACCAGUCCACCACUCACUAUUAACCCUACUGAAGGAACUGAACAUGUGGUUCUGGGGCUCUAGACGUGAAAAACAAAUGGAUGGACAAGCGGAUCGGACAGCAAUUGGGGAGACCUUGUUAGACAGGUGCUUCUGCGAGCUAAGGCUGGAAGAACAAAAGCAGAAUUCAUAAGAGUGUGUGGUUAUGUCAUUAGCACUCCAGCGAGGCCGGGAACAAGUCAUUUUGUGAAGCGGCACAGAAGAAGAAGAAGAAGAAGAAGAGAUAGCAAGGACACGAGCACAGAGAGGGGGGAGUGCGAGCAAGAGGAGCGCAAUAUAAGAGAGCCAAACCAACCAAAAGAAAGUGCAUGCUUUUGAACUAUUUACAAAAAAAGAUUCAAAUCUAACAGUAUACAUAGUAAUAAUAUUGAUUUUUGUAAUAAAAUAAAAAGCCAAUGAAACAGUAUAUGUAUUUACAUGUAUGUGUGAAGGUGUGAAUGUGUGUGCGUGUGUGGGUGUGUUUGUGUGCGUUCAUGGGUGAGUGUACUCUACGUGUGUAUGUAUAAAAUUAUAUUCUGAAAUCAUAUUACCAGUUUGCCUGUUGGCAGUGAUGUUGUGUGAAAUGUUUCCUAUGUUAUUUAUUACCAACAUAUCCACACACACACACACACACACACACACACACACACACACACACACACACACACACUCAUAC